CUGGGCUGCAUAGGGAAGACUGUGGCCAGUAGGUCGAGGGAGGUCAUUCUCCCCCUCUACUCUGCACUGGUGAGGCCACAACUGGAGUACUGUGUCCAGUUUUGGGCUCCCCAGUUCAAGAGGGACAGGGAACUACUGGAGCGAGUCCAGCGUAGGGCAACCAAGAUGAUUAUGGGACUGGAGCACCUCCCUUAUGAGGAAAGGCUGAGAGAGCUGGGACUCUUUAGCCUGGAGAAGAGAAGGUUGAGGGGGGACCUGAUUAAUGUUUACAAGUAUCUAAAGGGUGGGUUUAAGGAGGACGGAGCCAGGCUCUUUUCAAUGGUUCCCAGCGACAGGACAAGGGGCAAUGGGCACAAGCUGGAACAUCGGAAGUUCCGUUCAAAUACACGGAAAAACUUCUUUAUGGUGAGGGUGACAGAGCCCCGGAACAGGCUGCCCAGGGAGGGUGUGGAGUCCCCUUCUCUGGAGACUUUCAAGACCCGCCUGGAUGCAGCCCUGAGGGAUGUGCUCUGGGCAAUCCUGCUCUAGCAGGGGAGUGGGACUAGAUGAUCUCGAGAGGUCCCUUCCAACUCUGAAGAUUCCGUGAUUCCGUAUCACGAUCCUACAAUUUUCUCUGCCCUCAGGAGCGCCGACUGGGGUGACAGGGCUCAUUGGGAAGGACAGACACCGUUAUCCUCACCGGAGGCGAACGAAGGACCAGACUUUGGGGUGCCAAGUCAGGAAGGGGGGAUUUAGUCUCUGGAGCAAAUGAAAAGACGAUUCCUCUUUGCAAUCGACUUUUUCGGGGAGGAUUUUCCAGCAUGGAGCAGCAAGGAGGGGAAAAGAAGGAGGAAGAGCUGGAGGCUCCGGCAGCCGGGAAGAGCCCAGGUGCCGAAGCCGGAGGGUGGGCAUGGGGAGUGGUGUUCCACUUCUUCCUGGUCAACGUCCUGGUGAUGGGGAUGCUCAAGACCUUUGGGAUUUUCUUCGUGGCUUUCCAGGAGGAGGUGGGGGGCUCCUCCGAGCAAGUCAGCUGGAUCGGCUCCAUCAUGUCCUCCCUGCGCUUCUUGGGAGCCCCGCUCGUGGCCGUGGCCUGCAGGAGGCUGGGCGAGCGGCCCACCUCCAUCAUGGGGGCCGGGCUGGUCGGCGGGGGCUGCCUGCUGAGCACGCAGGCCACCAGCGUCCCCUUCCUCUGCGUCUCCAUGGGACUCCUCCUGGGUAUGGGGUUCGCCUGCCUGUACCAGGCGGCGGCGGUGAUGACGGCCAAGCGCUGCAGGACACGGCUGGCUUUCUCCAACGCCAUCGCCCGCUCCGGGAUGGGGCUGACGUUCCUAAUUGCCCCCUUCACUCAAUUUCUCAUCGAUUUUUAUGGCUGGCAAGGUACUCUCCUGAUUUUCGGAGGCAUCAUGUUAAACCUCGUGCCUUCCAGCAUGCUGCUGCGACCCAUCCGCACCCGGCCGCCUCAACGGUCCUCCGGGAAAAAUCAAGACCCCGGGGCUUUAACGGCAAAGGAGGAUUCAGAACCCCUCGCUGGAUGCUUAGAUGAAACCGCUCGCAGGGAAACACAGCUUCGCCCAGCACAGGACCUUCCCACCACGGAGGGAGUCACGAUUCCCCACGGCGGAGAUGUCUCUGGUCCGGUGAAUACACUGGAUUCGGAAGGGUUUGAGAAACCCCCCGUGGAGAGCUGCUGGCCAGAAACAGCCGCCGAGGCCGAGAGAAGCUCCAAAUCCCUUCCACCGCCCGCGAAAGAAAAUUCGCAGCCUCUCCUCGACUUCUCCCCACUGAAGGAUCCCGUCUUCGGCAUUUUCACGUGGUCUUUUUUGUUCAGCCACUUGGCCUAUUUCGUGCCCACCUUCCACCUGGUGGCAAGAGCCAGGACGCUGGGCAUCAGCAGCAUGGAUGCCUCCUACCUCGUUUCAGUGGCUGGCGUCACGGAGACGGUCAGCCAGCUGCUCUCGGGCUGGGUCGCCGACCAGAACUGGACCAAGAAGUAUCACUACCACGUGGCUUACCUUCUCCUGGGCGGCGUCACCAACCUGCUCUGUCCUCUGGCCACCACCUUCCCCUUACUCAUGACCUACGCCGUGGCCUUCGCGGUUUUCUGCGGCGGGUUCAUGGCUCUGGUCCUCCCUGUGCUGGUGGAUCUAGUGGGUGUGCAAAAACUCCACAGCUACUUGGGGUUCGCCGCCUUCUUCGCCGGGAUCGCAGCCGUCGGCGGACCCCCUCUGGCAGGCUCGGCCAGCAAAACCAGAUCCCACCUUCGAGACUAAACCAAAACCAUCAGGGUCACGGGAGAAGCCACCCACGUCACCACCUCCGGCGCCACGGGACUCUCCUUUCCCACACCAGGCUCCGGCUCCGCCUGCGCCGCGGCUCACACGAUAUCCCUGAGAAAAAACAGAAAGCAGAGCUGAAACCCCCCCUGAGAAAGGCAGGAGCCAACGGAAACCGAAGCCGGGGCAGAGCAGCGCAUCCCGCAGCCUUUCCUCUCUUUUAGAAACCCCUCCUGCGGCCGUCAACGUCUACAGCAGGAAAGCGCCAGCGCCUCUGCUUUGUCACGGAUCCCCAAAUUUUCCCGGCGCCGUUUCUCUCCCCGCUGGGUGCCGCGGCGCCCGCGGAUAACAGCGGCGGCAACGCUCCUGCGCGGCCCAGAGCGGGGGCUCCGGGGACCGUACGAAUCCCCCUCCCGACCAGGGCUGCUUUGAAAAAUCCCAGAUUUGGGCCAAAUCUGCCCUUUGUGUGAAUCAUGCAAGUCCACAGGUGUGAGCGGAGGCAUCGCAUUUUACACCAGCAGUGGAUUUGGCCCGGCUGCUAUCCCACCCCCAGACACCCAACCAUCCCCAGGCCAGGUUUGGGACUAUAUUAAAGUUUUUAUUACGUGCGGCAGCGUUGUAUAUUUUAAAUUCAACCCGAGGAAUUAUCCACCUUUAAAACGAGUGUCUAGUCACCAGAUAAUACGCCAUAAACUAAACAAAACACUUCGAGGUCAUUUUAAAAGCCCCCCUCGCGGAUUCCUGAGUCUUUACGGAAUUUAGGUUUUCCUUUUAAGUGCUCCCAAAGCUACUUUUAAGCGAGGUCACUUCAAGCUCCCGGGAUCUCUCAUAUUAGACAGGCGGCGUUAAACGGGGUCUGCUCACAAGGCGGCAAAGGCCGGAGAACCUGGAAUUUGCAGCCCAGAUGUCGCAAACGCCGACACGUGCAAGUCAUCUCAACAGCCCAACGGGACCCUCCAUCUGCUCCAGCAGCUACUUCGGGCCCGUUUAAAUAUAAACGGGACAAAAAGGCAGGGAUUAAAUUCGAUGAAAUUAAAAUCCCCGGUGGCGAGGAGGAUCAGAAGUUGGCCCUGGGAAGAAUGACCCUAAAUUUGCCCAUUAACCCAAGGGCAAGAGUCCGUACUCGCCAGGCACCGGCGGAUGGCAGCCGGCCCACAAAGAGUUAAGAUAAUUUAAAAGAAAAUAUCUGAGGGGUUCUUAAAUGAGAACACACAGCCUUUGCUUGCCGCCCACCUCCCAAAAUGAUUCCCCCCGCCCCCAGUGUGAAAAAUCCAACAGCUUUAAUAACAAUCUUUUCUCCUGCAGGGUGGCUGUAUGACUACACCCAGACAUAUGUCUGCUCUUUCCUCUUUGCUGGAGCCUGUGCUCUCAUCUCACCUCUCUCUUUCUUCUUCGAGCCUUCGGCCCAGAAAUGGAAGCUAAAAAAAGCCAACCUGAACCGCGGC